GUUGCCAUGGCCAUGGGGAGCUGCAGAAAGAAGGCUUCAUCAAGAGGCCACCAUCGUUAUGUAGGAGUUCGCCAGAGACCCUCCGGUCGAUGGGUCUCUGAGAUUAAGGACUCCCUCCAAAAGGUCAGGCUAUGGCUUGGGACUUUCGACACUGCCGAGGAGGCCGCUCGGGCUUACGACGAUGCUGCUCGGGCACUCCGUGGCUCCAAUGCUCGCACCAACUUUGAGUACUUGCCUCCGACCUCUGCUGUAGAUGCAGGCGAUGCUAACCAACCAACUGAAUCGCCUUUCUCUUUCGAGGAGGGCUGCAUCGAAGAAGACGGGUUCUUAGGAGCCCUAAAGGCGAAGCUGUUCGACGGCAAGGGGCAGAGGGUGCUGCAGGCGGUGGCGCAAACAACUUGUUGCUCAACCACGGAUAAUCUAAACACAAACAACAACAGCAAUCAUAACGAAACCAUCAUUAUUCAAGGUGGCAUCCACCCACCGUCAUCGUCAAGCGGCCAAGUUGACGCGGUGACGGCAGAGCUGGAUUCCGGGGGAGGAAGUGGGUGGUUCAAUAAUGCUUCGGCCGCCGUGGGACUACAUGCAUGGCCAGUGGUUUUAGGUGGCCUAGAAGAGGGGGGCAUUGGAGAUGUGUGUGUUAUGUAGUCUUAAAUGGUUUUUGUGUAUGGAGAAACCAAUAAUUUUGUAAGAAACAAAUAAUAACAAUGGAUUGUGUGUACAAAAAAAUGAAAAGCAUAUAUAUAUAUAUUAUUAUGUAAAAGGAUAGAAAAAUAUUUGGGUUUAAUUUAUUAGUUGGAGGAUGGAGACAUUCUAGGA